GGGAGGGCGAAGGGAGGCGGCGCCGGGGCGGCCGGAGGGCGGCGUGGGGAGCGGAGCGCGGCGGGGCCGGGCGGCGGCACCUUGCAGCGGGCAGGAGUAACCUUGUUCGUCUCCUAUCGGUCUUUGCUUUCCCUGGCCGCCAUCGAGACUGAUGAGGAAUGGAGUCCUAAAACAUCUGCAAUCAUGAAGAUGCCGGGCACACGCAGAUGAGCAGUAGGGAGUUUGUGCCCGUUGCCUCUUGUCCUGUUGCUACAUACCACCAAGAAGAGUCUGGCUCCAUCUUCUUUACGCCCCAUAUCAGGUAUUUGAACUUGCUUUUCUUAACUCUGAAUUCAGUUCGUCAACUGAACCCUCGUGCUUGAUACGGAGUCCAUUUUAUCUUGGGAAAGUAUUCGUUCUUCCACUUUCCCCAGCCUUGAAGGCGAACCAGAACUUUAAGGGAGCAAUGUGCAACUGAAGCAAUUUCCGUGAUUUCAUUGACAGCCUCUACGCCUGAAGAUGUCCAACAAUGGAGUUGAAACAGAAGACAAACCGCCUGCUCCUCCGAUGAGAAACACCAGCACCAUGAUUGGAUCGGGAAGCAAAGACGCUGGGACUUUAAACCAUGGCUCAAAACCUUUGCCUCCCAACCCAGAAGAAAAGAAAAAGAGGGACCGAUUUUACCGAUCUAUUUUACCGGGAGAUAAAACCAAUAAAAAGAAAGAGAAAGAACGGCCAGAGAUCUCCCUCCCUUCCGACUUUGAACACACAAUUCACGUGGGGUUUGAUGCAGUCACGGGAGAAUUCACAGGAAUGCCGGAGCAGUGGGCGCGCUUACUGCAGACUUCCAACAUCACCAAGCUGGAGCAGAAGAAGAACCCCCAGGCGGUGCUGGACGUGCUGGAGUUUUACAACUCCAAGAAGACUUCUAGCAGCCAGAAGUACAUGAGUUUCACAGAUAAAUUGGCGGAGGAUUACAAUUCAUCAAAUACGCUGAAUGUGAAAGCCGUGUCUGAGACCCCUGCAGUGCCCUCAGUGUCUGAAGACGAAGAUGAUGAAGAUGAUGCAGCUCCACCCCCUGUGAUAGCUCCACGACCUGAACACACAAAAUCCAUAUACACCCGCUCUGUGAUAGACCCUCUUCCUCCUCCUACCAGAGAUGCGGCCACCUCUCCUAUUCCUUCUCCCUCGGAAAACAGCACAACGGCACCUGACUUGCUGGUCAGGAACACAGAGAAGCAAAAGAAAAAGCCAAAAAUGUCAGAUGAAGAGAUCCUGGAAAAAUUAAGAAGUAUCGUGAGCGUCGGUGAUCCAAAAAAGAAGUACACACGCUUUGAGAAGAUUGGGCAAGGAGCCUCAGGUACAGUUUACACAGCAAUGGAUGUAGCUACAGGACAGGAGGUUGCAAUCAAACAGAUGAAUUUGCAGCAGCAGCCCAAAAAAGAACUGAUUAUCAAUGAAAUCCUGGUAAUGAGGGAAAACAAAAACCCCAACAUCGUCAACUACUUGGACAGCUACCUUGUAGGAGAAGAGCUCUGGGUCGUCAUGGAGUACUUGGCAGGAGGCUCCCUAACAGAUGUUGUGACAGAGACCUGCAUGGACGAAGGACAAAUCGCAGCUGUGUGCCGAGAGUGUCUCCAGGCUCUGGAAUUCCUCCACUCGAACCAAGUUAUUCACAGAGACAUCAAGAGUGACAACAUCCUGCUGGGCAUGGACGGCUCUGUCAAACUAACUGACUUUGGCUUCUGUGCCCAGAUCACUCCCGAACAGAGCAAGCGCAGCACCAUGGUGGGGACCCCGUACUGGAUGGCGCCUGAAGUGGUGACACGAAAAGCCUACGGGCCCAAAGUGGAUAUCUGGUCACUGGGGAUAAUGGCCAUCGAGAUGAUCGAAGGAGAACCCCCCUACCUCAACGAGAACCCCCUGAGAGCCCUGUAUCUCAUUGCUACUAACGGGACUCCGGAACUGCAGAAUCCAGAAAAGCUUUCACCCAUAUUCCGAGACUUCUUAAAUCGCUGUCUUGAAAUGGACGUGGAAAAAAGAGGUUCUGCAAAAGAGCUGCUGCAGGUCCUAGCGAUGUGUUUGCUUGCAGAAGGUCAGCAGCUGUACCUGCACUGGAGUCACAAGAUUGGGACUUUUCUUGUCCUGGGCUUCUCUAUCACAGCCCUCUUCAUAUUAUCUGUACUCUGGGGAGAUCAGUGGAAAACAGUCCGCCUCUCGUUCCAGAUCACAGCCCCCUAUCUCCACAUAGGGGCAAUAACCGUCAUGGUCCUCCUCUCCUGGCCCAUGGCUCUGUAUGCCAUCAGAGCAGAUAAGAAAGUUGUUCAGGUGGUAAUUGUUGGUCCAUACCUGGCUAUCCUUCUCUUUCUUUUCUUGAUACCUCUGGGGAUGUACUCUCCUUGCAUCAGAGAGGUGGGGACACUUGGACCAAAGCCAGCCCUCAUUGGACACCGCGGAGCACCGAUGCUGGCACCAGAAAACACCGAGAUGUCAUUUCAGAAGACAAUUGAACAUGGUGGGGAUGGUCUUGAAACAGAUGUCACCAUUAGCUACGAUGGCGUUCCUUUCCUCAUGCAUGACAGCACCUUGAGGAGGACAACCAACAUCAGGGAGGUCUAUCCCAAUGACACUGCUCAAAAUGCAGCCUUGUUCUCCUGGGAUACCCUGAAGGAGUUGAAUGCUGGAGCAUGGUUCCUUAAGGACAAACCCUUUUCAUGCAUGGACUCACUGUCAAGGGCAGAUCAAAACCAGGCAAUGAAUCAGUCAAUUUACAAGCUAAGUAAUUUCUUGCGCCUCGCAGACAGUCAGAAUAAACUUGUUAUAUUUGAUCUCUACCGCCCUCCAGAGAAACAUCCUUACAGGUACUCGUGGAUCAACAGAACCCUGGAAGUCAUCCUCAAUGAGUCGGGGAUUAGACCCCAUCUGGUCUUAUGGUUGGAGAAUGAUAUGAGGUCCUUUGUUCACUCUGUUGCUCCCGGGUUUCAGCAGACAAUGGGCACUAAAGCCCCAGUUGAAGACCUAUUGAUGGACAAUAUUGUCAAACUCAAUCUGGCCUACACUGAAAUGUCCAGUGAAGAUAUCCGGAAAUACGCUGAGGCAAACAUCACCACCAACCUCUAUGUGAUCAAUGAGCCGUGGCUCUUCUCCCUGGCGUGGUGCUCGGGGGCACACUCUGUGACCACUAAUGCUGUCCACACGCUGAAGAAUCUCAGCCAGCCCCUCUUCCUCAUGACGCCGCAGCAGUACAACAUCAUGUGGAUCCUGACGGACCUGGCCUCUGUGCUCCUCAUCUCACUCAUCUUCGCUCUGCACUGGUGGCGAGAGCGGAGUUUCUCCUGCUGUGCCCACGAUGGUGGCUCGAUGCUGGAGAGCGGCACCUACAACAAGUUCAGGACAGAGCUCAGCAACAUGCCUGCUGUCGUGGCCUGACGAGGGCAAGGAGGAGGUGCAGACCUGCCAUGUCACAGAGGAUUGGAGAGCAAAGCCUGCCCUGCUGCCCCUUCCUGCGGUGCAAACAGCAGCCUGCCUGGCGAGGGGGAGCCAUUUGCCACCACAACCCCGAUGGAGAUGUGCACUGACCUUGUUCUCAUGUUGCUUUCCUCUCAGUCCCAUGCCUGGCAGGGAUCCCCCGGGGUGUAAGGGAGCACAGGUGGGGCUGCGUCCAUGACGAAGCUGUGCACCAUGGUGAAAGGAUUAAACCUCCCUGGCAGUAUUCAUGUAGGAACCACCAUUUCCCUCUGAGACCACUUGUAUCUCAUCCUGUAAGCCCUCCUGCAGUGUGUAAGCCCUCUGUUUGUGCAGCUUUGUUUUUCUCUUCGCUGCAAAAACCUGAGAACCCUCUCGUCCUCCUUGCCCUUGGUUGUCCACAUUUCUCCAGUCUCCUGUCCACACACUCCCUUCCUCCUCUCACGUCUGCUCCAGCCCCAGGAGCUCACCAGCCCCACCACGAUGGUCAAGUGCUGCUGGAUGGUUCACCAGGGUCUGUGCCUCUCCAUAACACAGGCAGGGACAGCUUAGGCUUUCCUUUCCUCUCCUCUAGUCCUGCCAUAAACCCAAAUGGGACAGACUUCACCCUGGCUGUGGGUGAGGGAGUAUUUUUCCACAGAUGCUAAAGGAUUUCUUGGUGCCUUGGCCAUGUAACUACCGGGACAGUAACCAGGAGCACAACGCUUCUUCAUCGAGCUGGGUGUGAACUGGUUCCACGAGGUGUCCUGUUUGCUUUUCCCUUGGGAAGGUCUUUGUUACCUGCUCUGCAUCCUGGGAUUUAUUCCGAUUUUCAUUUCUCCCGGUGGCUGCUGGCACAUACGGGGAAGGAAUUCCAUGCCUUGUUCUGCAAGGGAGAUGUGAACAUCUCCAGGUUUAAGCCAUACAUUUCUACUUGAACAGAUAAUAAAACACUUUUUUUUUUUUUUUUUGUAAAUUGUAAGUGAUGUUUUAAAUACA